GCCGGCCGAACGGAGGCCCGUAGGCGCGAACUUCUAUGAGAUCGCGAAUCCGUGAUUCGAAAUUUGAAUUCAAAUUUUAAAAUUCAAUUUGGUUUUUGAACAUUAAAAUUCGAAAGUAGUGUAUUGUUUUUUUUGUAAGUAUUUUAUUUACGGACAGUUGGUGCGUUGAAAAGUUUUAAAAAGUUUCCAAGUGAGUCUAGUUUUACUGUGCGAAUGUUACGUGUUUGUGUUAAACUGAAAAUAGUGAAAUAACACUUCCAAAAAGUUUUCGUAAACAGUUAUGCAACAUGGAGGACUACAACGAGACCCUGGAGAUGAUGCUGAACGCAUCAGAGAACUACCAGUACCAGCCGUACUAUCUGCGACCUGAGACGUACAUUGUGCCACUGAUCUUCGCUCUGAUCUUCAUCAUUGGGGUGGUGGGAAAUGGCACCCUUGUGGCAGUCUUCGUACGGCAUAAGGCGAUGAGGAAUGUGCCGAAUACAUACAUCCUCUCCCUGGCUCUAGCAGAUCUCCUGGUCAUCAUUACAUGCGUGCCCUUCACUUCCAUCGUCUACACCGUGGAAUCCUGGCCAUGGGGUGACACCGUCUGCCGUGUCUCCGAAGCUGCUAAAGACGUCAGCAUCGGAGUGUCGGUGUUCACGCUGACAGCACUGUCAGCUGACAGAUACUUCGCUAUCGUAGACCCGUUGAGGAAGCUGCAUGCUACUGGUGGCAGUAAAAGGGCGACGCGAGUGACAGUAGCCACAGCCGUUGGUAUAUGGAUACUGGCUGGUUUGCUGGCAACCCCCGCUUAUGUCGGCUCUUACCUAAGGGCGUUCGUCGUCAACCCUACUACACAGUUCCUCGUCUGCUACCCCUACCCGCCAGAGUGGGGGGAGAACUACCCCCGCACGAUGGUGCUGAUCCGGUUCCUGGUUUACUAUUCGCUGCCGCUGGCCGUCAUCGCCCUUUUCUACGUGCUGAUGGCGCGCCAUCUCGUGUUGAGUACGCAGAACGUGCCCGGUGAGAUGCAGGGCACGCAGAGACAGAUGCGGGCGCGGAGAAAGGUCGCCCUCACGGUGUUGGCCUUUGUGCUCGUGUUCGCAGCGUGUUUCCUGCCCUCACACGUUUUCAUGAUGUGGUUCUACUAUUACCCAACAGCAGAGCAGGACUACAACGGCUGGUGGCACGGCCUCCGCAUCGUUGGGUUCUGUCUGUCGUUCCUGAACAGCUGUGUCAACCCCAUCGCCUUGUACUGCACCAGUGGCAUCUUCAGGAAACAUUUUAAUAGGUACCUAUUCUGCCGUGGAGGUUCUUCGCAUGCCACGCGAGGAUCUUUGUCACUCUCAACUUCUAGAAGAUUGCAUUCAAGUAGAAAAACUAACAUCAGUAUGGUUCCGAGGACGACAAGCGUGGGCCGCGAAAGCAGCAUCCGCCUCCUCAACAACGGUUCUUCAAAACUCUGAGGGCGGUGUUCGGGCCGCUGCCCUGCCAACAACAAUCAGGAGCGGUCCAAAGAGAACUACAGCAAGCGGCUGAUGUUCAAGGCAGAGAGCACAGCACCCUUCCCGAGGUGCUGCGAGAACGAAAACGGGGCUAAACUGGUGGAGACGAGUCUUGGGAAAGAGAGCAGCACUGAGAGCUUCUUUCUUCCUCUGGACAGCUCGUUCAAGUCGUGCUAAUUUUUACUCUAAUGCAUACGUGAAAUGGUUGGUGCCUCAAGUCACCGCGUGUCAUACGGUUAUGUUAUGCUAAUUUGGACUCUAAUAGCAUGCUCGAGAUUUAGUGACUCGUGGAAGAAGUUUCAUUGGACAUUGAUGUUGUUCUUCAGAUAAUCACGCGCCAUGAAAUUUAGUGUAUGUUUCGUGGAGUACAUUCGGUCACUUUUCCUAUUAUACCAGUAGGACUGUUGUAUAGGACUGCAGUUAGUUACGAAACAGUGCUUUGGAUUAUUGGUUAGCGUCCACCCUAACAUAGUGUCUUCGCCCUUGGAUAAUAUUAUAUCAGGAUAAAACAAAGACAGAAUUCAGCUUUGCAACCAAAUGUAGGUCAUACUCAUAUGGCUCUCAGGAACAAUAAAAUUGACUGGCAGACCUGGCUGUACGCUUUCUAUAAGGUCAGUAAUGGGUCCCAUCUCUGCCUACAAUAGUCAUCUCUGCUACAAUAUGUAGGCAGAGCUGGCCUACAAUGUUCCAAGGAAGAUUACAAUAGAGACAUAAACAAACACCAGUUUGUAAGUCUGCGGGCACGAAAUUGGCGACGGCCGAGUGACGGCGAUCUAUACAACUAAAUGGACAGUAUAAUAUGGUGACGCGCACGAAACGCGCGGUGGCGGAGGCCAUCGCAAAUCGCAAUACUACUCCUCAUAGCCGCUGCUCCGCUGUCACGUCGCGUCGCCGUCACGUCGCGUCGCCAUCGCUCGGCCUUCGCCAGUUUCGUACCCGCAGAAUAAUGUUGUUUCAAGAUCAUUACGUGCCAUACAAUUUCGGUAAGAGUAUUUGUUCCUAUUUUUUGUUAGUCCAGCGUCAACAAAGAUUCUUUGAUAAAUAUUUUCUUAAAAUUCCUCUAAUUCAACUAUGAUUACCUAAUUUAUGAUAGUUGCUUAUAACACCGCUAAUAAAUUAUUGGAUUAACUCCAUUAUCAUACUAUGCCGAGGUAGAGCAAAGUUCAGGACUAUUAACUUGUUAGGGUAAUUUAAUUUUCGAGUUAGUUUCGUUGAAAAUGGUCUGAAGAAUUUCGGUAAGAAGUAUGUCAUACUUUAUUAUGCUGAAAGGAAAAUGAAGAUGAUAAUAUUCGUGUUGAUGAAAGUUUUCUCUUACUUUUAGCUUUAAUUUUAUAAAACAUUGCUUUUAGAAGCUCUCUAAUUUUAUUUUUAACUUUCACGCAUUUGUAGGAAAAGACCAAAUAACGAAGUAAGUAAAGUCUUACAUUUAUUGUAAUUGAAAUGUAAAUAAUAAGUUAACACAUAAUAUAAAUAACUAACACUUGUGACGUUCUGGCGUACGUAUAAUAGUCUUCAUAAAAAAAUAUCCUUAGGCAUUCGACAUUUAGAUUUUUUUUUAUUGAGAGUGUAGUUAUGCUUUUAUUAUUUAUUUAUUAUUUACUCUGCAGUUAUAAUGUUACAUAAUAUGUACCUUAUUUGUACAGUUUUUCCAUGUGAGUUAGAUUUUUAAAGCUGACUUAAGUAAGUUGUAAAUCUACGAUUUAUGUUUACAGUGUAUCUGGUGCAUAGAAAACUUUAAUUUUAAUACACUCAUCGAAUCGUAUUUAUUUUGCUACUUAGUACUAAAAAUAUGCAAAACGGGUCCUCCUACCAAGCCAUAUUUUAAUUUUAUUUGGGUAAUGACCCCAAUCGUAAUUAUUUUUAUCACCUGUCAAAACAUAGUGAAAUCAUAGAUUUCAAUAUCAAUAGGAACUUGUGAGUUUGACGUUUUUGAGAAAAAAGUGUUUUUAGAGAAGUUGUGCCUUCUUUAGAGUAAUUUUAGUACCUACCUACUCAAGCCGAUAAAAUAUUUAAUAAAGCUCUGAAUACUUAUACCUUAUUGUUAUUUUCUUCAUAAAAAAAACAUAAUAUUUUUGUUGGUCUGAGCGUCAAACAUCUUGGUUACAAAAUAAAAUAAAUUUGUUAAAAUAUUUAGAAGGUAACUAGGUAUUGUAAAAUAUUAGUCAUUGAAUUAACUUUUAUCAAAUCUGUGUAAUAAGUAUUUUAUUAAAUAACAUUUGACUAAUCAUGUAGAAAAAUAAAUUGUUCACCGAAUUUCAUAACUAAGCAUAAGUAUGUAGUAGGUAAAUAUAACUUUACUAAAUAAAAUACUAAGUGUUAUAAAGUGCAUUUGUAAUUUUAAUUUAUACUUAGUCACUAAAAUUACAGGGUCUGGAUUUAUAAAAUAACAGACCAGAACGCGAAAGAAUUACGAAUGUUGUAUAAAAUGAUGUUGAUGUACCUAUAAAUAUUUAAUAUAGGUAAGCAGAUUUAUUAAUUAGAUUUAAAUAUGAACAAGUUUUUUGUAUUCAAUUUAUUGCAAUAUUUUUCACCGCUAUUUAAAAUAUUUAUACAUUUUUAUUGGUAAUCUUCAAUGGUGUGUUUAUUAUAAGAAAAUAUUUACGUUUAAAGUUCCUAUAAGUUUAUUUUCAAAUGUUUCCUUUGCAAAAAUAUAAAUAAAAAAUAUUAUAAAAACAUUUAGAUCAAGCAUUAAUUCGUGAUAAUUUGAUACAAAAAAGUUUUUUUUAUCCUUUAAUCCUUUAUAGUCUAGCUA